AUGUCGAAUAAUACUACCGCCUUAACGCCUUUGUCUUUGGAGGAAGUGCUACACAUUUACCUUCUCUGUUUCGAAACAGCCGCCGAUACCAUCCCUGAAGAACCUGUGGCAUACACGGUGCCAUACCGCCACCUUAGCGUCCCAGUCCCAAUCUGGCAACUCUGGACGCGCAAGGUCGUGAAGGAUAAAGGUCCGCCCAAAAACUGCAAGCGCAUCCCUAAACUGCCUGUGAGGCUGCAAGAAGCACUCGCACGCAAAGAUCUUUGCGGUUACUUUUGCUGGUUGCUUGAGCGAGAAGUCAACGAGAAGAUUGCAGAGCGCUUUGGUGGCUCUGCGUUGUGGGUGUUAUUCAAGCCGAAGAUCAAUUUUCUCCUGGCUUUUCGCGACUGCCGGAACCAGCCUAAUAUCCCUUUGCACUCCGUGCUGCUCAUCGAAACACCAGGCAAGGAAACGAUGAUAAUGGAUGGAACAUUGAGGCAGUACCUAUGGGCGCCCUCAACUUGGCUGCAGACAAUGGGGGAAUGGGAGGAUAGGCGGGUCGACAAGAGCAAUGGGGGCCGGGGCUUUCAACGUAACCCAUCCUACUGCAAAAAGGAUGUGGAACAAUCUGCGCGUAAAAACGACAAGGGAUACUGGAAAGUUGUCCGUGAGAGAAUGACCAAACUGCUGAAGGACAUGAACUGGGACGAACUGGAGAGCUUGGAGACUGGAAAGCGCAUUGAGCUUGUAAGGGAGAUGGCACGGGAAAAGUUUGCGGGUGUAUGGGAGGAUGCCUGUGAUCCUCAUCAAAGGCACAGCAAUGAACAUAGAUAG